AUGCCUCGGGGGCAAAAGAGUAAGCUUCGUGCCCGUGAGAAACGCCAUCAGGCCCGGAUCGAGGCUCAGCGUGCCCAGGAUGCUCAGGCCACUGCAGCAGAGGAAGAACAGCCCUCCACUUCCUCCUUUUCUCCUUCUGGUGGUAAUGCCCAGAGCUCCUCAGCUGCUGGCCAAGAUGAGGAAAAACCAAGCACCUCUCAGGCACAACCCAACACUGGUCGUUACCAUAGAACCCCUCUAGAUGACAAGGCGAUUCUAUUGGUGCAAUUCCUGCUGCGCAAGUAUAACAUGAGGGAGCCCAUAACAAAGGAAGACAUGAUUAAGCAUGUCAUCAAAAAGCACAAGGUGCAUUUCCGUGAGAUUCUCAGGAAAGCCUCUGAGCUAAUGGUGCUGGCCUUUGGCAUUGAUCUGAAGGAAGUCGACCCUACCAGGCACCACUAUGCCCUUAUCAGCAAAUUGCAGCGCACCAAUGAUGACAGGCUGAGGGGUGAGGAAAUCAUGCCCCAGACCGGCCUCUUGAUGACCGUCCUCUGUGUGAUCUUCAUGAAGGGCAACUGUGCCACUGAAAAGGAUAUGUGGGAAGUGCUUAAUGUGAUGGGGAUAUAUGCUGAUAAGAAACACUUCAUCUAUGGGGAUCCCAAGAAGCUCAUCACUGAAGUUUGGGUGCAGGAAAGGUACCUCCUGUACCGCCAGGUGUCCAACAGCAAUCCUCCAUGCCGUGAGUUCCUGUGGGGUCCAAGAGCCUAUGCCGAGACCAGCAAGAUGAAAGUCCUUGAAUUCUUGGCCAAGAUCCAUGAUACCGUCCCCAGUGCCUUCCCAUCCUGGUAUGAAGAGGCUUUGCAAGAUGAGGAACAGCGAGCCCAAGCCAGAUUUACAGGUCUGGUUCAUACUGGUGCCCUGGCCACUGGGCCUUCCAUGGCCAAUUUUGGCAGCUUCUCCCACCUGUAUUGA